AUGACUAGCCAACUAGAUAGGAUGUUUGGACAGUUACGACAAGACGAAGAAUUGAACGCUGGUCUUGCACGUGAUGAAAAGUUUGAUAUCUUAAAACGCAAAAAAUCUCUUGGAAAUAUCCAAACCCUCAGAACAUAUUCAUCCACUGAAUACAUACAAAGUUAUCCAAAGACUAGUUCAAAUUCGAAACAGAAACGACCUUCUGACUCUCCAGCACUUCUUAGUCGAUCUCCACCACCAAACAGCAACUUCAAAUCGGUUACACCUAUACAUAAUGGAAAAUUACACUCUAUGGCAGUAGAAAAUGCUUCUAAUGAAACUAAAGGUUCUUCUUCUCCAAGAAGAGCUUUAUCACCAACAUUUGCCUCUUCUUCCGGUUUGUCCCGGAUGCCAACGAAUAAGCUUCACCGUACUCUAACGACCGCUCAUGGUUCAUAUUCAAAAAAUAUCCAAAAUGUAUAUGAAUCUCAUGCUCAUCCGCGAGAGUUUAUUGAGAAAGAAAAUAGAAAUGCUAUGCGUGAUAGAAGUGAUGAUGAAUUAUUAAAGUAUAGACAGAAAGAUACAAAAUAUAGAGAAACUGGGGAAACUUCCAUGGAUGGGUAUCAUAGAUCUUCAAGAAAUAGAGAAAGAGAACCUGUUGAAAGAACUCGUAGGCAUUCCAAAUCUAGAGAAAGAUCUGAUAGAACUAAAUCAAAAAUUCAUGAAAUCGAUGAACGUGGCCGAGCAAAGUCAAGAACUCAUGAAGUUGAAGAACGUGGCCGAGCUAAAUCGAGAACUCGUGAAACUGAUGAACGAGGACGCGCGAAAUCAAAACCACGUGAAACUGAUGAACGUGAACAACGGGCCAAAUCAAGAACCCGAGAAGUUGAUGAACGUGGACGAGCAAAAUCAAGGACUCGUGAAACUGAUGAACGAGGACGAGCAAAGUCAAAGCCACGUGAAACGGAAGAACGUGAACGGGCCAAAUCAAAGACUCGUGAAACAGAUGAACGUGGACGAGCAAAAUCAAAGACUCGUGAAACAGAUGAAC